CCCCCCCCCGCCUUCUCCCGCACACGUGGGGACCGUGUCCUCUGCUCCGUGUCCAACACGUGAACCGGGUCGGCCAGCCGGGACCUUUCUUCUCCGCUGUUCGGAGGCCGAGUGGAGCUUUGCAGCGCCCACGGGAGUACUGGUUUGCUGAAAAGCUGAGAGCGGUUUCCCGGUUCUGCUGACCAAUAUGAAGUACAUCCUGGUCACCGGUGGGGUCAUCUCGGGGAUAGGCAAGGGUAUCAUCGCCAGCAGCGUGGGCACGAUACUCAAGUCCUGUGGGCUCCAUGUCACUGCCAUCAAAAUCGACCCCUACAUUAACAUAGAUGCAGGAACCUUCUCGCCCUACGAGCAUGGGGAGGUGUUCGUGCUGGAUGACGGAGGGGAGGUGGACCUGGACCUGGGCAAUUACGAGCGAUUCCUGGACAUCCGGCUCACCAAGGACAACAACCUGACCACGGGGAAGAUCUACCAGUCAGUCAUCAACAAGGAGCGCCGAGGGGACUACCUGGGCAAGACUGUGCAGGUGGUGCCACACAUCACAGAUGCCAUCCAGGAGUGGGUGAUGCGCCAGGCCAAGAUCCCUGUGGAUGACGAUGGCAUGGAACCCCAAGUCUGUGUUAUCGAGCUGGGGGGAACGGUGGGAGACAUCGAGAGCAUGCCCUUCAUCGAAGCGUUUCGCCAGUUCCAGUUUAAGGUCAAGAAGGAGAACUUCUGCAACAUCCACGUCAGCCUUGUUCCACAGCCCAGCGCCACAGGGGAGCAGAAGACGAAGCCCACGCAGAACAGCAUCCGAGAGCUCAGAGGACUGGGCCUUUCGCCCGACCUGAUUGUGUGCCGCUGUUCCACUCCUCUGGACAAUGCUGUGAAGGAGAAGAUCUCCAUGUUCUGUCACGUCGAGCCUGAACAGGUGAUCUGCGUGCAUGACGUGUCCUCCAUCUACAGAGUGCCCCUGCUGCUGGAAGACCAGGGGGUGGUCAGCUACUUCUGCGAUCGGCUGGACCUGCCCAUAGAGUCCCGGCCCCGCAGGAUGCUGACCAAGUGGAAGGAGAUGUCAGAUAGGUCCGACCGCUUGCUGGAGAGCUGCUCUAUCGCGCUGGUGGGAAAGUACACCAAGUUCUCGGAUUCGUAUGCCUCCGUCAUCAAAGCUCUGGAGCACUCUGCCCUCGCGAUCAAUCACAAACUGGAGGUCAAGUACAUUGACUCUGCUGAUCUGGAACCUAGCACCCUGCAGGAGGAGCCAGUCAGAUACCACGAGGCCUGGCAGAAACUCUGUAGUGCCAAUGGCGUCCUGGUUCCUGGAGGGUUUGGAGUUCGAGGGACAGAGGGAAAGAUCCAAGCAAUCAGCUGGGCGAGAAAGCAGAAGAAGCCGUUUUUAGGAGUGUGUCUGGGGAUGCAGCUGGCUGUGUGUGAGUUUGCCAGGAACAUCCUUGGCUGGCAAGAUGCCAAUUCGACUGAAUUUGACCCCGAAUCCAAACACCCAGUAGUGAUUGACAUGCCAGAACACAACCCUGGCCAGAUGGGUGGCACUAUGAGACUGGGAAAGAGACGAACUAUCUUCAAAAGCACCAACUCCAUUCUGAGAAGGCUGUAUGGAGAUGCAGAAUAUGUUGAUGAGAGACACAGACAUCGCUUUGAGGUGAACCCCGAGCUCAAGCAGCACUUCGAGAGCGGGGGGUUCCGGUUUGUGGGCCAGGACAUGGAGGGCGAGAGGAUGGAGGUCAUCGAGCUGGACGACCACCCAUAUUUUGUGGGGGUUCAGUACCACCCCGAGUUCACCUCUCGCCCCAUCAAGCCUUCGCCCCCCUACUUCGGCCUGCUGCUGGCGGCCGCGGGGAAGCUGCAGGGUUACCUCCAGAAAGGGUGCCGCUUGUCGCCAAGGGACACUUACAGCGACCGCAGUGGGAGCAGCUCUCCUGAUUCGGAGAUCUCCGAGCUGAAAUUACCCUCCAUCUCCCAGGACUGACGACAGAGGAAGAAGCUGGGAACUGAAAAACCUGACCCUCUGUGACCUUGGUCUUCAGGACAGAAGCCAUUUUAGAUUUUAACUACACCUAGAGAUUGUACAACUUUAUUCCCAAGGAGUUGUGAUUCUUUUGCCAUCUCCAAGGGAUAUCUGAAGAGCCAAACCAGUGUCAUCACUACCUCCAGCAGUCUUACUCAGCCAAGUUUUGUUGGCACUGUGGGUUACUGGAUGUAGCCACCUCUGUUCUGGAUAAAACCACUUGCUUUUCAUCUGUAUGGCCUUGCAUGUCUGCAAAUGAUGUUUUGAGGACAGGUCCUGGAAUGAUUAUACAGAUGGGUGGAUGGAUCACGGAGGAAGAUUUUAAAAUCUUGCCAUGGACCCUAAUAUAGUAUUACUGUUUUCAA